AAAUUACCUAAAAUAGAAAAGGUCAAAUUCUUUCGAAAUCGCCAAAGAUCACUAGGAGAAUUCCAUAGAUAAUGACCCAAGUCCGACGGUUUCUUUUCCUAGUGAUCAACAAGGUGGAGUGAAGGCACCCGUUCUUAUCUCCUCGUCUUCCUCCCUCAUCACUUCUGUAUAAAUCCAACCUCCACAGCCUGCAGACACUUCACAGUUCACCCAGCCUACGCACAAGCCCCCUUCUCAGUUCGUUCCCGAGACAGCGAGAGAAACCAUGUACAGGGUUGCAAGCGCCUCCCAGUACCUGGUCAUCACCGGGGUCGGCAUCCCCGACAUCAAGAUAGCGAAGAAGGGAUGGGUCCUUCCCGGUCAGUCCUGCGCCGUCUUCGACGUGUCGCCGGUCAAUUACAUGUUCGAGGUGCAGGCCAUGAGCGCCGAGAAGCUGCCCUUCAUCCUCCCAGCCGUGUUCACCAUCGGUCCCAAGGUCGACGAUGAUGAGAGCCUCCGCAAAUAUGCCAAACUCAUCUCCCCCCACGACAAGCUCUCCAACCACGUGAAGGAGCUCGUCCAGGGGAUCAUCGAGGGGGAGACGCGUGUGCUGGCGGCCUCAAUGACCAUGGAAGAGAUCUUCCGAGGCACCAAGGAGUUCAAGGGGGAGGUGUUUGAGAAGGUCCAGCUCGAGCUCAAUCAGUUCGGCCUGCUGAUCUAUAACGCGAACGUGAAGCAGCUGGUGGAUGUCCCGGGGCACGAGUACUUCUCUUACUUGGGCCAGAAGACGCAGAUGGAGGCGGCGAACCAGGCCAAGAUCGACGUGUCUGAGGCCAGGAUGAAGGGCGAGAUUGGGUCCAAGAGUAGGGAAGGGCAGACCUUGCAAAACGCAGCAAAGAUUGACGCGGAGACGAAGAUCAUCGCGACGCAGAGGCAAGGGGAGGGGAAGAAGGAGGAGAUCAGGGUGAGGACGCAGGUGAAGGUCUACGAGAAUGAAAGGGAGGCCGAGGUCGCGGAGGCCAAUGCCGAGCUGGUGAAGAAGAAGGCGGGUUGGACCAAGGAGGCUGAGGUGGCGCAGGUGGAGGCCGCCAAGUCGGUGGCGCUGAGGGAGGCCGAGCUUCAGAGGGAGGUCGAGAGGAUGAACGCCCUGACACGGACCGAGAAGCUGAAGGCCGAGUUCCUGAGUAAGGCCAGCGUAGAGUACGAAACCAAGGUACAAGAAGCAAACUGGGAGCUGUACUGGAAGCAGAAAGCCGCGGAGGCAGUCCUGUACGAGAAGGAGAAGGAGGCGGAGGCCCAGAAGGCGAUCGCCGAGGCCAGCUUCUACUCGAGGCAGCAGCUCGCCGACGCGGAGUUCUACGCCAAGAAGAGAGAGGCCGAGGCGCUCGUGGCAUUGGCCCAAGCCCAGGGCACCUAUCUGCGGACCCUGCUGGAGGCGCUGGGGGGCAGCUACGCCGCCCUCAGGGAUUACAUGAUGAUCAACAACGGCGUGUUCCAACAGAUGGCGAAGGUGAACGCGGAUGCCAUCAAGGGGCUGCAGCCGAAGAUCAGCAUUUGGACCAGCGGCGGAGAAGGGGGCGAAGGAAGCGGGAGCAGGACUGGCAACGCGAUGAAGGACGUCGCCGGGGUUUACCGGAUGCUGCCUCCGCUGUUCAAGACGGUGGAGGAACAAACGGGGAUGCUUCCGCCGGCGUGGAUGGGCAGCUUGACCGACUCGUCCGGUCAGACCAGUCCAAAAUAAGUGGGAGCCGAUCGAAGGCCAAGAGGUCGUGCUGCUUCGGCGCCAUGUGACUCGAAUGAUUAUUUGAGUUUUUGAGAUUGUGUUAAUUAGGUAGGUCUUUUGGUUUUGUGAAGUAGGAGAACAUAUUGAUGGAAUAUUUUCUAUUUGCGCACUAUACUAUCCUGUUCAAAGUUUUAUUGCUUGAAAAGCUUUCAAGAAUUUAAUUUUCGACGGACAUAUUCUGUGGAAAAUUAAGAGAUACCGUCGAAGCUUUCCUAGGAAAAUUGUCUACCUUUGAUCAUGACGAAGAUGGCGGAGCAUCGCAUUACCGAUGUUGGUAAGCCGGCUUCAGUCGUGAUCAUGCCUAGCGUUCCACACCUAAUU